UCUUUUUUAUACUUGCUGCCUCGAAUCUCACCAUCUAACAAAAUACCAAACAAAAUAAUGCAUAAAACCUACCUAAAUUAUUAAUAUAUGUAACAUAAUAAAUAAACGUAAAACUAUUAGGGCAACAAUAAGAACAUAUUGGUAAAGAAGGUUUUCAUUUUGAAAGGCGGUAAUAAUACGUAAUGAUGAGCCAACGAUAUGAUCUGCGGUAACGGAGGCGGUGUCAAUGGAAGUGGAAGCGGAACAAUAUCAACUAGUGGCAGCCGAGGAACAAGUAACAGCAAUAUUAGCGGAACUAAUGCAAUAGGUUUAACAGUAGCAAAUGCAACUGGUGGAACAACGUUAGGACCGCAUCGUCGCAUAUUGCGAGGUCAUGCUGCACAAACAACAAACGGUGAACGUGUACUUUUAAUUAAUUAUGUAUCACCAAAUGCAUCGGCUGCAACUUCGCCCACAUCCACAUCUAAUACAGUCGCGGCAGUUAAUCCAACAACUUCCCGCAAAAUCCUCCAUUCAAGAGCAACAAAUGUAAGUGGCAUGCAUAGUGCAACGCCAGUUUCAUUUGCUGGCCUCGGCUCUGAGGUCACCGUCACGUUAACACGCUCUGGAAAACCGCCCGCUGGUCAUAUUGUACGAAAUCAAUCGGUUACAGGCACCGAAAUUAUAGAAACGCCUGCUGUUCAUACUGCAUCAUCAUCUCCGCCGCCAUUAGUUUUCUCUCAUUCCCACGCACUACAUCAUGAUCCUCUUGAACUCCAAGAAUCAGAUCUUCACCAGCAGCAUGAUUACCAACACCAAGAACAACAACAACAGCAGCAUCAACAUCAAGAACACCAACAGAUUGUAAUACAUCAAACACAGCAUGAAAGUGAACUAAUUGAAUUCCAAGACACCGAUGUUACUGAACAUCAUUUGCAACAGUUGCAUGAGCAGCAAGAAUGUGUUGGUGGGGAGCAACAGGUCGAAGAGGUCUAUCUCAACUAAUUGUAAGAAAAAAUUGUAAAUCAUGUUAGAGUUUUAAAACGAAUUAAGAAAAUUUUAUGGAAUGUUGGUAGACUGUAAAAAGAUAUCGAAUAUCAUUAUUAAAAGUAAAUCAAAUGCUAGGACAAUAUGCAUAGUUCGUCAUCUAUAAAAUACAAUCUCUAGUCUUUGAAUCUACGUCCUUAUUGAGAUCUUUAUGUCUAAAAUGAGUUUUUUCUUUCAUAAGAAAGUAUAUUUUUUAAAUUUUUUGCUAACGCUGGAAUACAGUUAUUUAGAUUAGAACCGUCGGUUUAAUAGUACCCUCCUAAAUAUGAAGGAGAAAAGAGUUAAUAGAAUUUUGAUUGUAUAUUAUGAAAAAUGUCGUAAAUAUGUAAUAUGUAUGUACGUGGUACACAAUAGAAUCGAAUAUUAGAUUUGUAGUUCAAAUAUUUAGUUUAAUGAAUUUGUUUAAUAUAUAUGCGUAUUAAAAUUUCAAGAUUAAAGAUUGGAACUAUAUAUAAAUAUCAUAAACAGUCACUUUAUUAUUGCCUACAUUCCAUCAAUUUUUCUUAGUGCACUUCAG